AUGGCUUCUACUCUUAGAAACAUCCGUCCAUUAACCAACACUUUACGACACGCUAAGCUGAAUUUUGUUUCAUCAAACAAUGCAGCAGUUGCCGUAAGUCUAUGUGUUGAGGACGUUCAACACAGUGAUAUUCUUGAUAUACUAUCGUUAUCUUUUGUACCUGGCGAUGGCGUGGGACCAGAGUUAAUGCUUUGUGUUCGCGAAGUAUUCAAUACAUUGGGUGCACCAGUUGAAUUUGAUGAAAUAUUAGCCAGUGAAUUACUUCCAGGACGAAGUUCUUCUUUAACCGAUAUAGUCGCAUCAUUUCGACGUAAUCGUGUUGGCAUGAAAGGAAUAUUAACUACUCCUGCCAUUGGUGAAGGAGGAGACUUAAUGUCGUUGAAUAUGAAAAUCCGGCGAGCUUUAGACUUAUAUGCUAAUGUCGUUCGUAUUAAAACAGUGCCAGGAUUGAAACUGCGUCAUCAAAAUAUUGAUUUCAUCGUGAUUCGAGAACAAACCGAAGGAGAAUACAGUGCGUUAGAACAUGAAUCUGUUCGUGGUGUUGUUGAAUCAUUAAAAAUUACCACAUACGAAAAUUCUAAGCGUAUAGCAAAAUUUGCAUUUGAUUUUGCAACAAAAUUUGGACGAAAAAAAAUAACGGCAGUGCACAAAGCAAAUAUAAUGAAAUUAGGUGACGGGUUAUUUCUUGAGUCAUGCAAAGAGAUAUCACUUCUGUAUCCAAAUAUUGAAUUAAAUACAAUGAUUGUUGACAAUACGUGUAUGCAGCUCGUCUCAAAACCACAACAAUUUGAUGUUCUUGUUUGUCCAAAUUUAUAUGGAAAUAUUGUAUCAAACCUGGCUGUGGGACUAGUUGGUGGUGCGGGUAUGGUUCCUGGUGAGAGUUAUAGUGCGGAUGGUGCUCGUCAUCCUUUUCUCACUGGUGCUGGUCGAAACAUUGCAAAUCCGACGUCGAUGUUAUUGUGUGGUGUUAAUUUAUUGCGAUAUUUAAAUCUUGACAAUUUGGCUACUAGGCUUGAGGAUGCACUCAGUAGCGUAAUUAAACAACAAAAAAUAAAAACCAGAGAUAUUGGUGGCUAUGCAACUCAACAAGAUUUUUUAAGAGCGAUACUCUCUCGGCUUGGAUAA